UUGUUUGUUUUUGUUGUUAGAGGCUUAUGGUGCAGCUCCUGGCGAAUAACUUCAACUAAUUUCCCGAUGACACUUAGGUUCGAGCUGAUCUUGUGUUUUGGAAGAAACCCGCACUAAAGUGAGAAAAGCACUUUUUCCUAACCAUGGAGAAAGCAUGGAAGGUGGAGUUUCAGAACGUGGGCAGCAGCUACUUCCCAGAGAGCCGAGUGGAAUGCCACUACAGCAUCAGCUCUCAGCACAGCUGGGCUAGCAGUGACUGGAUCGGCCUAUUUAAGGUAGGAUGGUCAUCUGUCAGGAACUACCAUACGUUUGUGUGGGCUUUGGCUCCAACCAAUUACAACCAAGGGACAGAUGUUAACUGCUGCGUCCAUUUCCAAGCUUGCUAUUUGCCAGGCCCCAGUGCUGAUCAGUACCAGUUCGUAUAUGUGGACGGGAAGGGCGAAGUGUGCUCCCACAGCUCUGCUUUCACUUUCUCUGCUCCAAAGCCACUGGAGGAGCUUGUAACUGUGGAACAUGCCCUGGAAGGAGGUGAAGGCAACGAAGACAUGCUAGUCGUCAUUCCCAAAGCGGAGCUUCUGCAGAGCCGGCUGCAGGAGUGUCUGAAGGAGAGGGCUGAGUUAUUACAGGCUCUAGAAGCAGCAGAGAAGAGCCGUGAACGCGAGCGAGAGUGCUCAAGUAGGAGCAGGGAGGUGUGGGAGCAGAGGAGCAAGGAGCUGGAGGAGGAGCUCAGGCACAUCAGAGAGCACAUGGACGACAUGAAGAAAAAGCAGGAGGAGAUGGCAGUCCUUUGUGAGGCUCAGCAGGAGGAGAAGCAGCUACUGCUAGUUAAAGAAGCAGCCAGUCAGCAGAGGAUCAGCCAGCUGGAGGACGACAUGAGGGCGCUCACCCAAAAAGCACUGGAGAGAGAGACUGACCUAGAGAGGAUGAAAGAGCGUGCCAAAAAAGCUGCAACCCAAAAGAAAGAAGUGGAAGGUGAACACAAGAAUAUUAAGCUGAAGCUGGAGCAAAGCGAAAAAGAACUGCAUAGCCUGUCUACAGAGUUCCAGAGUUUGAGAAGUUCCCUGGCGCAGAGAGACACGCACGCCCUGCAGCUCCGAGACACCAUCACCACGCUCACGCACAAGCUCAACAGCGCACACAGGAAGGAGGCGGCCAACGAAGCGGCUUUAGCGGAGUUGCGCGGCGUUCAAGAGCGGCUGAGCACCAGCGAACGCUGUGUUGAGACACUGCGGACUGAGCUCAGAGACACCACGGCGCAGAGGGACAACAGCCAGGCCGACCUUCACCAGGCCCGACUGCAGGCCGCACAGCUCACCCUGCAGCUUGCAGAUGCCAACCUGUCGCUGCGGGAGGCCCGCGCCAGCUGGGUCCAGGAGAGAGAGAGUCUGCAGUGUAGCACUGAGAUGAUCAGGACGCAUUUGGACAGGCUGAAUGAUGAGAUCAAGCAGAAGGAAGAACAGCUGCAGGAGGAGAGGAUGGAGAGAAGCAAAGCAGAGGUGGAGCUUGGGCGAGAGAAAGACUGUAACCGGGUGCAGCUGAGUGAGACACGGAGGGAGCUGCAGGAACUGAAAGCCAGUCUCAGGGUGGCUCAGAAGGAAAAGGAGCAACUGCAGGCUGAGAAAAAGGAGUUGAUUGAGUACAUCCAGCAGCUGGAGCAGAAGCUGGAGACCCUGAGCGGCUCUAAAUGGAGCAUGACCGCGUUGUUGCAGAGCAGCCAAGCAGACAGCUCCCUUUCGGAGUCAGAGGAUGACAAUCCAGAAGCACUAAGGCCUAUGAGUCACUACACGUUGUGUGAGCAGCCCCAGCCUGACCCUGACCUCCUUCUCUCUCUGCCCACUACACCUCCUCCGUCCCCACGGCUCCUCCACUCGUCUCAGGCUGUGGUGAUCAGUCAGCCCGCUCCACUGUGCUCCCCACGCCAACCUAGUGACGAAACACACCCACACGUGCACAGCUCCGAGUCGGAAGAGGAGUAUGAAGUGUUUCAGUCAGGCGGGAACAGCUCUACCGACGAGGUGGCUCUCCUCCUGCCUAACCACAGAAACACUACUCUCAGUGAUGUGGAAGAGAGCCCCCUGUGGUGAGGAGUGGAACAACGAGAUUGGCCGGUUACAGGUCCUUGCACAAUAACAUGUACUGACAUAUAUGCAAUUUGCUUUACAUUUUUAAAAUGCACUUUCUGUAUGCACACGCUACUGGGGCAGUAAGUCUUUCACUAUACAUUCACCUGUUUUGUUUCUUUAACGCUAGGGAUGUGUCAUUAUAGAUACUGUUUUUUCUGUAUGUCGUAUACUCACACUCAUGAGAAAUGCUCCAACACCAGCAUCUGAUACCACGUGAUAGAAUGUGGCAUAAGCCUGGUCUGGUAUAUUGUCGUCUAAAUUAAUCUGAUCACAUGCACUGAGAAGAAUAAGGACUUUUAAUCCAUAUUAAUAAUUAAAGAGAAGCACACCACUUUCUGUGAAAAUAUCAAAAGGAUAGAUGGUCUUUAUUUUUAAUAAAAAGAGCAAAGGUG